UUCCUCUGCGACUUUCCUCUUGGCAGAUAAGCCGGUCAUUGUACUCAAUGUGAUAGAUCUAGUGAUAUCGCUCCUUGUUCUAUUCAAAGACAUAAAAAGCUAUUGUUCAUAUGGCUGUAGACGAGACACCUGCUAACAAAGGGCUCUUUUCUUUCCAAUGUUCUCACCGACACAAUUCUAUUAUGAUCCCUGCUUCUCGAUAUGCUAUAUCUAAUACCAUAUCCCGAAGGAAAAGACAUCUUAGCAAACUCUUGUUACACUGGAGAAAACAUAAGAACAUAAACACUUACACAGUAUCACAACCUCUACUAAGCAGACUGAGAAGGAAAACCCGCAGAAGCUUCCACAAAGAACUCAUGUGCACCGGAACCUCAAUCAUCUGGCAAUGCAGCAACCAGGACUGCCGGGGCACAGUCCUCGUCGAGCGCAACUGGAUGAACUCUCAGUUUUGCUCCUGGGCCCGGUCUCGCCGUAUGCCCUGCCCCUCCUACAAGACCACAUGGUCCUCCACCGUGUGGAGGGACGCGGGCAAGGGCGUCAGCCACCGCGAAUCGCUGACGGACCCCAAGCGGGGCACCGCCUUCCUACGCUUCAACGAUUUCUACUGCCUCUACUGCGAGAUGGGCGGCUUCGAGUUCCAGAGGCUGGUAUUACACGGGGAGAGCGAGGCGCUGGACCAGGGCGCAUGGGGCGCAGUGGACGAUGGCGCGAGGGCGCAGUGGCUGUGGCGGAAGGCUGAGAUGCAACAGCAAGAGCAUGGUCUGAAUACGAGCAGGCAGAGGUCCUGGUACUCGAUGAUCCCGUGUGAUGGUGGUGAUGACACUACUUCUGUGCCCGUCGAGCUGGACAUCGCGAUCCCGGAGUCAGAGCUGAUGGGUAGUCUCUCGUUGUGUUCACAGGACAGCGGCGAGAAGCUUGCGGCGGCUGAAUCACCUGAUGAGGAUUAUGACGACGAAGAGGAGGAGAUUGUUUACAAAGGAAGGAAAUGCUACGCUAUGAGUCAAGUGUGUUUUCCUUAAAAGGAAUCUACGCCCUUAGGUAAGCUCUUCCCAUAAUUUCUUUGUUCGUUUCUCGGCAAUCGCCUUUUAACCCCCUAACAUCUAAUCGUACUGGUU